ACAAAAGCACGUUUACCAACACUGUUUUUGGACAUGCUCCCUGCUGUCAAAUAAUUUUUGACAUAUUACAGAAAAAAAAUCUCAUUGGUCUUGGUCUUUAGGUAAAGAACUCACAAAUACAACAAAAUGGAGCAAAUGGAUAUGGAAUUGAAAAAAGCAUUCACCGAAAUGCAAAUCAAUAAAAUCGAAACGACCAAAAAAAUCAACAUGAUCGAUAUGAAGUGUGAUAUGGUCAAGACCGGCAAACAAAAAUACCAGCUGACAGAGAAGGGUACCAGUGAUUUGACCGAUGACACAAGAGUAUAUUUGUCGGUGGGCCGCAUGUUUGUCUUGACCAAUGUCACAGAUAUGCGCGGUGAUCUCAAAGCCAAACAGGAUAAAUGCGACAAAGCCAUCGAUUUGCUGAGCAAAAAGAAGGAAUUCUUGUUGAAAUCAUUAAAGGAUCAAGAGGAUGGCCUCCGUGAAUUGGUACAACAACGCAAAGAAGCCGAAGCAGCCAAAUAGAUAUACGAUUAUAAUCAGCCCUCAUUUGCAUUGUCUUGAAAUAAAAACACAAUUUUUUGCAUUUAGCUUUAAUAACAAAACAAUGAACAACAAACAAGAUAAAUGUUAAACAUACACACACAAAAAGUAUCCAUUAAAUUAUUUACUAACAAUAAGAGAGAA